CUGGUUGCAUUCUUCACAGCUACACAAACAAGUUAUCAAUCAAACCCAAGAGAUUUCGCCACGCAAGGCUCCCCGUUGCACCGCGACAGACUGCACCAUCUCUCCAAACCAACAUGCGGCUUACAAACAGCCCCUACCAGCGCAACAAUGGGUAGCAUCGCUUAAGCAUGCGGCAAGCGGUCCACAGUUUAGUGGAAAGCCAAUCGGCACUCUAGUGCCUUAGCGGGGAGCCAUGAAGACGUGACCACGCCAAAAAGCGAAAACGGCUGAAUGCGCCUAAAAAAAUGCGAUUCAACAUUUUGAACCUCGUGGGGUUUUCCCCUUGCAACUACGUUUCGAGCCGAUUUGGUUCAAUUAGCCCUCUAGUGGUGUAAACGAGAUCUCCGGCUUCACUUUUCUCUCUUAUUACAACAACUUGCUACUAUCCCUCUCCCGAUCUCUAUCUCUACGCCCUUUACUUCGUCAUCCCGGCUUCCUCGGGUCUCUGGCUUGUGAUUCUUAAAACACCGCAACACCCCAAGCCCGAAGCCGGAGCUGAACACAGACGAACCGGACCACCACCAUGGACCGACCACAGAAACUCGUUGUAAUAGGCGCAGGCCCUGUUGGUGCUCUUGCUGCUUUAUACGGUGCUCAAAGAGGUUAUGAGGUGGAAAUCUACGAAUUGCGUCCUGAUUUACGAGACAAAAAGAGCAUCCCGCUAAACUUCACAAAGUCCAUCAACCUUGCUCUCUCCGAACGCGGCAUCCACGCCCUGCGCCAGGCCGGACGACCGGAAAUUCUCGAGGAUGUAAUGCGAGGCGCUAUCCCUAUGCGCGGCCGCAUGAUUCACGGACAAACGUCCUCUGGCGAUCUUUUUGACGACGCCCAGGACUACGACAUCUUUGGCAGGACCAUUUUUGCCGCAGACCGAAACGAACUAAACUCUAAGCUUCUCGACAAGUUGCUUGGCCUUCCAAAUGUCAAAGUCUUCUUCAACCACAAGCUGACCGGUGUCGACUUCAAGGCGUGCAAGGCAUGGCUCGAAGUAAAGGACCAGUUCCUCGCCAAUGGUCGUCACAAGGAGAUUGAGAUUGACUUUGACUUCAUGAUUGGCGCUGACGGUGCCCACUCGGCCACAAGAUAUCACAUCAUGAAGUUUGCGCGCGUCGAUUACCAGCAAGAAUUCAUCGACACCAUGUGGUGCGAGUUCCGCAUGGAGGCCGUCGAAAAGCCCGCCAACGACGCAUUCGAGUCCAAGUUCCGCAUCUCCCCAUACCAUCUGCACAUCUGGCCCGGACGAGACUUCAUGUUCAUUGCCAUUCCUAACGAGGACGGCUCUUUUACAUGCACCCUCUUCAUGCCGCAGAAGCACUUUACCGACCUCGAGGCGAACCCCGCCAAGCUCACUUCCUUUUUUGAUACCCAUUUCCCCGGCGUCCGCAACCAUAUCCCCGACGAGGCCCUCUACCGCUCCUUCAAGGAGAACCCGCAUCUGCCACUCAUUAGCAUCAAAUGCAAGCCGUACCACUUUGGCUCAUCCGGCGUCAUUCUCGGUGACGCAGCCCACGCCAUGGUCCCGUUUUACGGCCAGGGUAUGAAUGCCGGUUUCGAGGACGUCCGCAUCCUCUUCUCCAUCCUCGACAAGCAUGCCGAGCUCGACGAGCCAAACAGCCCCACGGAUGUAGUAUCUGUUUCCUCGCCCGCCGCGCAACGGGCACAAGCUCUUGCUGAGUACUCGGCUGUGCGUGCCCCAGAUGCCCACUCCAUCAACGACCUCGCCAUUAACAACUACAUUGAAAUGCGCUCGUCUGUGCUCUCGCGCACAUACCGCCUGCGCAAAUGGCUUGAGGAGUUUAUGAGUGUGCAUUUCUCGUCAUUUGGCUGGCAGACAAAAUACUCACGUGUAACGUUCUCCUCAGAGCGAUACUCGCAGAUCGUGGCGCAGAACAACCACCAAAGCAUGAUGCUGAUGCGAUGCGUCAUGGGUCUCGCUGCCAGUCCACUUGUCAUUAGCGGUCUUGUUUUAGCUUAUAGAUGUAGAAGAGCCCUUUCCGGUGGCUUCCUCGGCAGGUAACCAACCCAGCUCCAGUGGAAUUUUGUAUAUAUAGAGAACUAGGCCCUUCUGGCCGCUGGCGUGCGACAAGCAAUCAUCACUCAUAUUUUGAUGCACUCUAAAGU